CUGAGCCUCCCGAGGCCAUGUUUCCUCCAACUGAGAGUGAAAGCGUCCAUCAUCUGCUGGCUGAGACUCUGGGAGAGGGCCUUGCUCUCCUUGUUGUUCCCAGUGUUUGUCUGCCUCUGUGCUGGUAAACAGAUGAGCUUCAGGCAGUGCGGCUACAGCAAAGCUUCCCAGGAGGGCGACGAGGAGCUCUACUUCCAGUCUGUGGAGGACACAGUGAAGUCAGAGAACAGAAAAGUUCUGGCCUUGAAGUACAAGAACAUCCUCCUUUUACUGUUUAUGGAGCUCAUAAAAAGUCCACACAGCCCAAAUCAUAUCAGGAUCCCUCUAAACCUGGCGGUUCCUCUGACCCUCCUGGUCCUUCUGACCCUCCUGGUCCCUCUGACCCUGGCGGUUCCUCUGAUCCUCCUGGUCCUUCUGACCCUGGUGGUCCCUCUGACCCUGGUGGUUCAUCUGACCCUCCUGGCCCCUCAGACCCUGGUGGUUCCUAUGAAACUUUUGGUCCCUCUGAACCUCAUGGUCUCUCUGACCCUGGUGGUUCCUCUGACUCUCCUGGUGGUUCCUGUGACCAGCUAG